CGAGUCCAAACUACAGUGGUCUCGACAACGAUCCUCAACUUUCAAGUCGUUCUCCAUCCGUUUAUACGGUAUAUUAAACCACACAAUCCAUGUCUGUCGUCGAGGAAAAGUGGCAAUCGACAAAGCCUUCCUUGAGGGAGAGAAGUAAGUUCAUUUUUAACAACGAUUUGUUCAGCGAUGUAAAGUUCACCGUGCGAACGACGGAUGGCGGAAGUGAAAGCAUGCAAUUUAUUCCUGCUCACAAGUUAGUAUUGUCGAUCAGUAGUCCUGUGUUUGAAGCCAUGUUUUACGGUGAGUUAGCGGAGACCAGAGACUUUAUUGAACUGCCUGACUGUGACUACGAGUGUCUGCUGGAGUUGUUUCGUUUCAUGUACUGCGAUGAAGUCAACUUGAGCGGAAGUAAUGUCAUGAGAGUGUUGUACUUGGCGAAGAAAUACAUGGUGCCUUCACUCGCUGAUAAAUGUACCGAAUAUCUCUUCAUAAACUUGGAUCCGUCCAAUGUUUUCAUCAUUUUACCAUUCGCUCAGAAAUGUCAAGAGAAAGCCCUAGUGGAUCGAUGCUGGAGAGUAAUCGAUGACAAGAUGGAGCAGGCAGCGAAAUCAGAUGGAUUUGUUACAAUUGAGAGGAACUUACUCGAAACAGUGGUAAUCAGAGAUACACUGAAUAUUGAAGAGAUAGAUCUGUUCAAAGCCGUUGACAUGUGGGCCUCAAAAGAAUGUGAGAGACAAGGUUUAGAGGCGGAUGGCACAACCAAAAGAAGAAUUCUUGGAGAAGAAAUUGUCAAAGCAAUUCGCUUCCCAGUUAUAGAUCAAAAAGAUUUUGCCGACGUCGUGUUGGACAGCGACAUCCUAAACCUAGACGAAGUUAAGGCCCUGGUCAAAUAUCGAAGUUCGGUGCUUUGUCAUCCAUUAAGAUUCUCAGACAAGAGAAGAUCAUCUGUUCCUCGUGUCUGUGGAAAAACUCGAUGUUGUUUCAGAUUCCAGUCCUUUAUUUCUCUAUCCAAAGAUGAUGCAUUUGAGAAAAUACACAUCAUUGAAUUUUCUGUGGACAGUAAGAUUUUGUUACACGGGGUAUGUCUCUGUGGCGGUAACAGCGAGAACCUGAUUGAGCUUAGCCUAUGGAACAACAAAGGUACACUACAUCGUGUAACUGGAACGUUUUCCGUCAACUUGUAUGAGGAAAAUUCAUUUCCGUUCUAUGCUUACCAAAUCUUAUUUCCCAAAAAUGUUGUUUUGAAUGAAAACACCACAUACCGCAUGGAGGCAAGAAUAAGUCAUCCAAGUUCAUGGUGUGGAGAAAAAAUUCACCACCAAGUUACUUGUUCAGGUGUAAAAUUUACAUUUAAGUCCAUUGUUGGUAAAGACUUUCCUGCAUUGCUAUUCUCUAAAUUACCCUGAAUAGAAGAAAUUACAACAGAAAGGAAUCUGGAUCUUUAUUUCCUUUGGAUCGUUCUCCCAUAAUGUUAAUGAUCACAGGCCAUAGCUUUGUUUUAUAACAACCAAGGGUAGAUUAUUAAGAUGUACUUUGAAGUAAAGUGUUUACGAAAAUUGAGAAAGUAGAGGAAUAUUCUACUAAGAAGAAAAUGUUCCUCGUUUAUAGUAAUUGUAAAGAGAUAAAGUAAAUAGUCUAUAAAAGCGAGAAGAGAGGACUCUGCUAUCCACUAAGAUCUAUUCCUAUAUUUAGCAUCACAGUAAAGGGCUUUGGUCAGGGAAAACUUUGCUAUUCGGCUCCAUUCAGAUUAUCGCUCUGUAAAACAACGUAAACGAACUCAUUUUCCUUGAAAUGAUCUCCUCAAGAUUGAUAUAAGUUACAAUUUCUACAACGUUGUGACCCUUCAGUGGUAUAUAUUACUCAAGAAUCUUUCAGAGUGCACGUUCAUAUGCACAACUCAAAAUUUGUAGCAAGUGCUGUUGGCUUUUCAUUCAAGAGCUUUUCGAAACACAAAUAUGAUCGAAGGUGUAGAAUCAUAAUUUCAAGGAAGUUCAUCUUCUAAUCAUCAGUGGAUGGAAAAUUCCGACGUUAAACUAUAAAGAAAUAAUCGAGUCAAAUCAGGAGACCUUAAGCACCAUCUUCAUUUUAUCAAAUGUAUUGCAGCUGUAAUAAAAAAAAAACAACAAAACAAGCACCACUAAAAGAAGGAUUGUUUCUGUAAUCGAGUAUUACCCGCAUCGUCUGUGCAGUGAGUAUUACAACUUGAAAUUUUUCUCAUAUU